AUGGUUUAUGACGCAGACUCCUGCACGAAUACACGGAUUGAGGAUUGUUAUAUAGUGUUCGGGGAUGACUAUGUGGCUGUGAAGAGCGGUUGGGACGAGUAUGGUAUAGCUUAUGGAAUACCGACUAAGCAGCUGGUGGUUAGAAGACUCACUUGUAUUUCUCCAACCAGUGCUGUUAGUUCUACUGUUUGUGAAUACAAUGUUAGGGCAGGAGUAGAGGUGGCAGUAAUCGAUGCUGUUGUGAGUAGUAUUCGUGUGCCAUUGAGGAGGCUUUUUGGUGCUGAAGCAGCUGAAUUGGCUUCUAAGUACUAUAAAAAAGGAUUCAAAACCUUAAAGUUGAAAGUAGGAAAGAAUCUGAAUGCAGAUAUAGAAGUGCUUCCAGCCAUACGUGUUGCUCACCCUGACUGUCAGUUUAUUCUUGAUGCUAACGAAGUGUAUAACUCCGACGAAUCAGUGGAAGUUCUCGAGAAAUUACAUUGUUAA